AUGUCUAAUAAAUUUAUGAUUACUGAAAUUCUUCAAGAUUCUAUUGAAAAAUCAUCAAUUACAAUAAAUAGCUCUUCAAUUGAUUCUACUCCUUUACUUACAUAUUUUAUCAGUUCUGUAUCAAAUCAAAAUCCACAAUAUACAGUUUCUACAAUAAAUAAUUUCACAUCAAAUAACUUGAAUUUAUCCAACAGUAUUCAACAUACUAUUUCAUUCAUAGAUCAUGAUCAUGUUGGUAAGCAUAAAAACUAUGAAAUACAAAUAGGAUUAUGUUCCAAGUCAUUAAAUUUAUUGAAUUCAAAGGUUUACACAAAGUAUCUAUUAAAUUUAUUUAAAUCUGAAUUGAAUAAUCACUUAUUUAAUCAAUCAACACAAAAUGAGACUGAUAAUCAAAUUAGAUUAAGUAACAAUAAUAACUAUUUAACAGAUUAUCAUUAUCAUUCUAUUAAUGAUAAACAAUUUAGAGAAGAAUUUUUAAAACUUUUCAAUCUAAUAAUUUCCAAACAAACUAAUGAAGGUAAUUUUUCACAAACUAAACUAUCUGAAUGUAAAGAUGGUAAUGAUAACAAUUUGUUAUUAAUAAAUGAUACUGAGGAAAAUUCUUCACAUAAUUAUCAAAAAGUUCUAGAUCUAUCAUCUUCGAAAAUUAACCAAACUAAUCGAUCCAAACAUCAACGUAACUUAUGGCCUUUAAUAUUCAAAGAAUUGGAAUUCAAUUGUAAGCCAAUGAUUGCAACUGAGGAUUAUCAUCAACGUAGCAGUAGUGGUAGUAGUAGUAAUCAAUUUUCCAAAUCAAAUUAUCUAUUCGGUUGUGAAUCUUCUGACAGUUAUGCAAGUAUGCGUGAUAUGGUUAAAUCAGAUGACGAUCUAUCACAAAGAUGGUGUUUCAAAUCUGAUGCAAAUACAAAAACAAGUAAUUACAAUGAAAAACGGUUAGUAAAAAGAAAAUUUCGUAAAAGCUUCCUACCUAAAACUAAUCAAACAUCUGAAUUCGAACGUAAACAUAGACAAGCUUAUACAACAGAUCAACUUGAACGUUUAGAAACAGAAUUUGAAAAAGAUAAGUAUUUAAAACUUAACAGACGGAUAGAAUUAUCAAAUGAAUUAAAUCUAACUGAGACACAAAUUAAAACAUGGUUUCAAAAUCGUAGAACUAAAUGGAAAAAGAAAUUAUACUGGUUGAAUUCUGCAAGCCGAUUAUCAGUAAAUUCUGUUAAACACGAAAAUAGUUCAUGGUCAAUAUGUAAUAAAUCUACUACGAACAGUGAACAACGGUCUGUAGUAAAUAAUUAUUAUAAAAGUUUUAUAUCUCCUCAACUUCAUUGA